CGGGCAGACGCCCCCUAGCCCCGCAAUGACAUCAGAGGCUGAGGAGAGCGAGAGCGCAGGCGCCGGCGGAGAAGGGGGAGGAGGGGGAGGAGGCGGCCGGGGAGAGCGCUCCUCCGCCCGCCGCCCGCGUCCCUGAGCCCCGCUCCGCCCGCCCGCGCCGGGGUCCAGAGCGCGCCCUGCACCGCCGCCCUCCGCCGCCGCCCGCGCAGCUCCUCCUCCGCGCCCGCUGGACACGCAGCCGCAGGCCCGGCCGGGACACAGCGGGCGCGCAGGGACGCAGCGCCCUCCCCUCGGCUCCAGCACCGCCGGCCGCUCCCCGCCCGCGCCCUCGCCGCUCCCGCCCGUCUGCCCGCCCGCCUGCCCGCCGGCACCAUGUCCGCAGGGGGAGAUUUUGGGAACCCACUGAGAAAAUUCAAGUUGGUGUUCCUGGGGGAACAGAGCGUGGGGAAGACAUCCCUGAUCACACGGUUCAUGUACGACAGCUUCGACAACACAUACCAGGCAACCAUUGGGAUUGACUUCUUAUCAAAAACCAUGUACUUGGAGGAUCGCACGGUGCGGCUGCAGCUCUGGGACACAGCUGGCCAGGAACGGUUCCGCAGCCUGAUCCCCAGCUACAUCCGGGACUCCACGGUGGCCGUGGUGGUGUAUGAUAUCACAAAUCUCAACUCCUUCCAGCAGACCUCCAAGUGGAUCGAUGAUGUCAGGACAGAGCGGGGCAGUGAUGUCAUCAUCAUGCUGGUGGGAAACAAGACGGACCUCGCUGACAAGAGGCAGAUCACCAUUGAGGAGGGGGAGCAGCGUGCAAAAGAGCUGAGUGUCAUGUUCAUUGAGACCAGCGCCAAGACUGGCUACAAUGUGAAACAGCUGGCCUCUGGGGCUGGUGAAGUAUUUUGGCGAGGAGCCCUAGGCCUUGGGAUGGCCGGACAGCAGACCUGCCCAGCAUGGUCCCUGAGUGCUGCCAAGAGUCCAGCCUCCAGCUCUUCCGACGUGUGGCCUCAGCCCUGCCUGGCAUGGAAAACGUACAGGAGAAGAGCAAAGAAGGGAUGAUUGACAUCAAGCUGGACAAACCCCAGGAGCCCCCGGCCAGCGAGGGGGGCUGCUCCUGCUAAUGCAGCCUGGCCUGCAGCUUCCCCUGACACUACCGCUUGUUGUGUUGCUUCCUAUUGGUUAGCUUCCUAAGGGGGGGUGGGACCUGACCUGUCAGGAUGGGAGGAUUUUUCUUUUCUCUCUUGUCUCUAGGAGAAGGGUGGGGCGGGGGAGGGCGGCCGGGCAUCAGGGAUCACUGUCACUCUUAACAACUGUUACUUAAAUGACUAUUUUUUUUUUCAGUUUGGUUGUAAUAUAUUGUACUUUAUUAAGAUUGCCAAAAAAAAAAAAAACUUAAAAUUUAACACACAGAAAAAAAAAAACUUUAAAUCAUGUGUAUACAACUUUUUUUUGCCAGAUAAAAACGGUCAUCGUUUUUAUUUGAAAGAUGUGCUUCUUCAGUUUAUUCAUUGGUUGUUUCUUUUUCUUUCUUUCUUGUAUAUUUGUAAACUUACAGAGAAUCUUUCCUUGCACCUCCUCCUUCCUGUCCUCUGAGAACUGUCCAUGCCUUGGCCCUCUUCCCAUCUCCCAACCGGGAAGUGAAAAAUGGUUCACUGGGUGACUUCAUGCAACACCCGGCUCAGGCCCCACCCAUUGAAAUAAAACACUGAUUGAACAAAAUCACCUCUCAAGAGGCAGCUCUGACACAGUCCCCCUUCUGUAGCCAGAGGGGACACUGGCCAUGUCCUGGAGCUAAAGAUAAGACCCUGUGUACUACAAAUUAUAGAGCACCUCAACUGGACCCUCCCCAGGCUUUCUGCCUCUCUUUACCCCUCCCCAAAAAAUCUGGAAGGAAGUCGGGGGUGGAGGUGGGGGCACUGGCCACAAGUAGCCUUGUGACCUUCCAGGUGGUUGCUGAGUGUCUUUCCUGGGAAGGCAGGCAGGCAGGCAGGCAGGCAGGCAGGCGGUGUGCACUGGGGACUUGGGCUUACCAUGUGUCCUUCUGAGAAUGUCUUGAGCCACCUGUUCCAUCGUCAGUAUGAGGACCUGGUUUGCAUCCAAGGGAUGGACAGAGAGGGACUUAUUCCUGAGUGUCUUGGAAGCCUGAGCCACCACCCUGGGGAUGCCUGCUCUUGCCUCCCCUUUGGUUGCCAAGGCAGCUGAGUGCUGUUUUGGCAGUGCCAAAUGUCUGGGUGUGUUUUUAUCCCAUUGGCACAGCCUCACUGUGGUUCUCCAGGGAAAACCAUUCUUGUCAUUCUUAUUUCUGAGAAGGGCUCAGUGCCGAGGGCCUUUGACAUCUCAGAAAAGAGUUAAAGAGUUCUCUAUCUAUCAAUCUCUAUCUCUAUCUCUCUCUGAGUGAGGUGACCCCUUUGACCAGCAUUCCCCACAGACCCAGACUCACCACCCCCAAGCUUGUGCAAAAUGGGCAGUGGGCAGUGACUCUCCCUGCCAGUCAGCCCCACCCUACUGCUGGCAUGAGAUUCCCACUCCCCACCCCCAGGCUGUAACUGGGCAGGCCAUAAGUGGGCUUGGUGACUCUCUGGGGGCCUGGCGGGGAGGAAGAGGCAGGUAGUUUCCUCCAUAGAGCAAGGCUUCAGCAGGCUGCUGCAGUGAAUCUCGAACCUUCUCAGAAAUGAAUCCAAGAUGGCAGCCCACACAUGCAACAAGCACUGACCCUUGUCCAGUGGGCCUGUUGCAUGCUCUCAGCUAAGGGAAGGGGAUGUCAGAGCUGCUCCUCAGAGGGGAAUUGUUCUUCAGGUGAAGAAAAGAGGAAGCAGGUUUUUCACCAAAUUUUCCUCUCAGAAAGUAAAGGCCAACAUCCAAACGUGAAUCCCGAUGUCCCGUGUUUCAUUUUUAUAUGUGUGUACAUAAUUAUAUAUAGAGAUAGACCCAUGUAUACUCUUUCCACAGACACAUCCCCACAGAGGUACCUGUGCUCCGUGUAUAUUCUUGUUUCUCUCUUUUUUUCCCCCUGCUCUCCAGUUGGGACUUGCAUUGUGAUAACAGUUUUGGAAAUUUCAAAAGUAACUGCGACAUGUCGAAAAUAAGAAUGACUUCAUGUUUGUCAAAAAAAAUGCAAACAAAUCUUGUGAUUGUCUUGCCAUCAAUAAAAGAAUGCAUCCAUGUGUUAAACGACAGGCACCACUAGCCCACUGGAAUAUGUGCCCCGUGUCUUAGAUACUUGCCAGCCCAAGUGUGCAAGCCCAGGUGGACCAGUGUCUCCCACCACAGCGCGCCCCCUAGUGGUGCUUGUUGGAAGAGUGUUUACUUACCUCUUGAAAUGCUGGGGUAAAGAGUCCAAGUUAGGACAUCAGCCUGGCUGGCUGUGAGAGCCCCUCCUUUACAGGGAUUUGUACUGGGGCUCAGUGACUGAAUAUAGGCUUAAAUUUUUAGUCUCUUGGUAAGAAGAGUUGCUGUUCUUACAACGUUACUGCAAAACAAACAAAAAGUAGUUCAGUUCCAUUCUCCUGUGCACACUGAUACAAGGAACCCCACCACCACCACCACCACCAUCAGAGCCUGGAGGAGCAGCAAGAGAGGAAGUAGGUGUCACUUGACUGGAGGUGGCAUGGGUGACCAGCCUCCCCUGAGUCUGUAGGGCUCUGCAGGGGAAGGCAGUUAGUUGCCUCUUCUCACCUUUCCCCCAUCUUAGUGGUGACUGGCUGGGUCUGUGUGGGCAGCCUGAGCUCUUGGUUUUUCCUCUCACAAAAUUACUAGGUUCCCUUGCAAAAGAAGUCACAGAAUGGCCUUGGUAGCCCCAGCGAGCAUAGGAGUUACACCUGUCUUGUGCCCAGAAGGCCUUGCGCCAGGCCCAGUGAAGGGUUCCUGCGAGGAAACAGUCUGGUCUAGUCUGUAGUUCAGUCCCUUUUCCCAGAGACUCACCCUGACCUGGCUGCUGAGUGGGGGCAUCUUCUUUGCUUUCUUGCUUCAGGGACCUUAAAGAAAAGCUGUCCACUAAGCUGAUAUUUUGAAAGCAUGGCAAGAAAACAGAGCCCGAGGUGGGAAAGACAGACAGCUUGCUGGGAUGUCUGCACAUGUAUCCUGGUGACGGCGUCGUGGUGGUGGUGGUGGUGGUGGCGGCGGCAGUGAUUUAAGAGCCAGGACUACAGGUGUGUUGUCCAAGGUUAGUGAGCUUAGUGCCCCUAAGGAAGUUUCCUCUGGUCGGAGAUGUCCCAGCUGUCACCAUUGCCACUCUCUCAUCUUCAAACACUCUGGGGAAGCAGUAGCCACAGCAAUGCUAGUAUCUCAGAGAUUGAGGUGGAGACAGGUCAGAGAGGCGAUACAUCUUCAUCCUUCCAGUGGCCCUGUCCCCAGGGACUGGUAUGGCAGUACCAGCACCACUGGAUUCAGUGUCCUGCAGACAGAGAGCUGCUUCAUCCCUUUAGCAGAAAGGAGGCCGAUAAGGAUUGGAUGGGGGACAUGAGAAUAAGAGCCUGAGCUACGUCUGUUGGCACCAAGCAGGCAGCCGGUGUUGUCUGCCUGGUGGUUUCCAAACUACCUCUCCCCCAAGAAAGUAAGGCAGGACUCCCGGUGCCAGUGUAGGGUGGAGGUCUCCUACCCACUCCUGCCUCUCAGGCUGUACAACCCAGGUAGGGAGGCUUGACUUGCUUAGCAUCUGGAUGUUUCUGUUCUUCACCUGUCACCAGCUAGGCAGGGAGAUGUGACUGUGCCUCCCAGAGUCCUCUGGAACCAUCUCUAGUGAGGAUGUCAGAUUCUGUGUCCCUGAGCCAGGAGAGCACCCACAUUCAUGUCUGACCUUUCCAUCCCGAUGGGCAGGCCCCCAGGUCUCUGACUGUCACAAGCACCCACAGAGGCCAGGGAGGGCUUUGAGUCUCUUUCAGUAGUUGUGAAAUUACCCCUUUGGAUAUUCUGAACUCUUGGGGUCUCAGUGUGGAAGCCCUUUGGGCUUCAGACACAUGUGGCUGAGACUCCAGCAGCAGGGCCAGGUUCAGGAAGACUGUCUUGUAAUGAGGUUGGUUAUUUCUGACAGCCAGGCCGUGUGUGUGUGGUGUGUGGUGUGUGUAUGUGUACACUCCCCUCACCUUUCCUCACCCACCCCCAUAAAGUGACUAUGAGGAACGGGGUACGUGUCCAUCUCUUCCUGGAUCAGCAGGUACCAAUAAAUGGCCAUACUGACUUGACAUAAAACUGUGUAAAUUGUGGAAGACUCAGCAUGUUGAUCAAACAAUAAACUGUCCUGAUUCUCAA